GGGUGGAAAUAUUUCAUCUGCGAUCCCCACGCCGACAGCUUCGACAGCCCACGCAACGAAAGCUCCGAACGAACAGGACGACGCCUAUUCUCCCGAGGCAGCUUCUGGUCUGAGUCAGAUUUAAACUUGGUGCGCAGCUUAUCAGCUGCUUUCUAUCAGAAAGAAAAGAUGAAGAGUUUACGAAGAGAUUUCUCUUCGAACCCGCAAGCCGCAAAUGUAUCGAGCAAAGUCUUCGUGAGAUCUACCAAGAGUGGCAAGGUGCAGAAGAUCGUUCGUGAGCUGUAUUUGCGACAGGAUAUUCCUUGCUCGUCUCAGCUCUGUUCGAUAUGUCGCGCAAAUGCGCCAGCUGAUGCUAAUGGAAACAUUGCGCCCUUUGUCCUUUCCGAUCGUCCCGCUGGUACGAAGUCUUUCCCCAAGGGCCAUUAUCUCGUUCCCGAUACAAAUGCACUGUUGAAUGGAAUGGACCUUUUCGAGCACACUGGCGCUUUCUACGAUGUCAUCAUCCUACAGACUGUCCUUGAAGAACUGAAGAACCAGUCUCUACCUCUCUACAACCGGCUACUUUCCUUGAUCAAAACCGAUGACAAGCGAUUCUAUCUAUUCUUCAACGAAUUCCGCCUGGAAACACAUGUUCGCCGAAAUCCCGAUGAGACGAUAAAUGACAGGAACGAUAGAGCUGUUCGGACUGUCGCGAAGUGGUAUUCUGAGCAUCUUCGGGAGGCAGUAACUAGGAAGGGCAAGAAAGAAAAGUCUAUACCAGCUAUUGUGGUCCUCACGGAUGACAAGGAGAAUCUGCGCAAGGCAAAGGAGGAAGGCGUCACGGCUCUGAAGCUUACAGAUUAUAUUUCAGGACUGGAAGAUGCUGACAAACUCCUGGACAUGGUCAACGAUGCUCAGGAAGGAAGAGAUGCGAAGGGACUCCGUGGAGAGCUGUUCUACCCGGAAUACUACUCUAUGUCGAAGAUGAUGACCGGUCUAAGGGCCGGCACUCUACAUCAGGGUGUUUUCAAUAUCUCGCCAUACAAUUACCUGGAAGGUUCCGUGAACGUGGCAGCCUUUGCGAAGCCACUCCUUAUUCUUGGUCGUGAUAACAGCAACCGUGCCAUUGCCGGUGAUGUCGUUGUUGUUGAGGUCCUACCGAAGGACCAGUGGAAGUCUCCAUCAACCAAGAUCAUCGACGAGGAAGCAGUGACCAAGGAUGAAAACGCAGAUGCAGAAGAGAAUGAAGCAGUAGUCACUGAGAGGGAGCGAAAGGCUCUUCAAGAAGAAGUCAAGAAAGCCCAUGGGAAGAACUCUGAAGGCAAGCCACAACCAACGGCCCGAGUGGUUGGCGUCAUCAAACGCAACUGGAGGCAAUAUGUUGGCCACGUCGAUUCUGCUUCUACUACUUCACUUGUCCAGUCUGGGCGAAGACAGCAGACUGUGUUCGUGCUGCCUAUGGACAAGAAAAUUCCAAAGAUCCGAGUUAGGACUAGACAGGCUGCCGACCUUUUGGGCCAGAGGAUCUUAGUUACUAUCGAUGCGUGGGAUAGAGAUUCUCGGUAUCCGACUGGACACUUCGUUCGAUCCCUAGGAGAGCUGGAGACCAAGGAGGCGGAGACUGAGGCUCUCCUUCUCGAGUAUGAUGUACAGUACAAGCCGUUCCCGAAGGUCGUGCUAGACUGUCUACCGCCCCAGGGCCAUGACUGGGUAGUACCGGCCACCAAGGAAGACCCCGGUUGGAAGGGACGGAGAGAUCUCAGAGAUCUGCUUAUCUGCAGUAUUGAUCCUCCAGGCUGUCAGGACAUUGAUGAUGCCCUCCAUGCGCGACCGCUGCCGAACGGUAACUUUGAAGUCGGUGUCCAUAUCGCGGAUGUUUCUCAUUUUGUGAAGCCAAACAAUGCCAUGGAUCUAGAGGCAAGUCUUCGCGGAACCACAGUAUACCUGGUCGACAAACGUAUCGACAUGCUUCCCAUGCUGCUGGGUACCGAUCUUUGCUCUCUCAAACCAUAUGUGGAGCGUUACGCUUUCUCUACAAUUUGGGAGAUCACUCCCAACGCAGAGAUUGUGAAGGCUGAUUUCACUAAAUCGGUCAUCCGUUCUCGCGAGGCUUUCAGUUAUGAGCAGGCACAAAAACGCAUUGACGAUGCGUCUAAGAAUGAUGAGCUCACGCAGAGCAUGCGGACCUUGUUGCAUCUCUCCAAGAUCCUUCGCCAGAAGCGUAUGGAUGCUGGUGCACUGAACCUCGCGUCUCCCGAAGUCCGGAUCGAGAGCGAUAACGACGAGCUAGGUGAUCCACUUACAGACGUGAAGACCAAGGCCAUGCUCGCUACAAACAGCUUGGUCGAAGAGUUCAUGCUUCUUGCCAACAUUACCGUCGCUUCCAAGAUCUAUGAAUGCUUCCCACAAACCGCUUUGCUCCGUCGUCACGCAACCCCUCCUCCCCAGAACUUCGAAGACUUAGCCAAGCAACUCUCGAGGAAGCGAAACCUGGAGCUUGAUGUCUCCAGCUCAAGAGCGCUUGCCGACUCUCUCGACCGCUGUGUGGACCCGCAGAAUCCAUUCUUCAACACCCUUGUCCGUAUUCUGGCAACCCGCUGCAUGACGUCUGCGGAAUACUUCUGCGCUGGUGCCCACGCGGAGUCUGAGUUCCGCCACUACGGUCUCGCUUCUCCUAUCUACACCCAUUUCACCUCUCCUAUUCGUCGAUACGCCGAUCUCCUCGUCCACCGUCAACUCGCUGCCGCCAUCGGCUACGAAGGCGAAGACGGCCGCGGCACCGCUGAGGCACCCACUGUUCGCAGCAAACUCGAAGAUAUCUGCCGCAACAUCAACUACCGUCACCGCAACGCUCAAUUCGCCGGCCGCGCCAGCAUCGAGUACUAUGUCGGCCAAGCUCUCAAGGCACGCGGCGAGAAAGCCGCCAGGACUCCUGGCGAGAACCCCGGCGUCGACGAAGACGGCUACGUGAUGCGCGUGUUCGAGAACGGUGUCGUCGUCUUCGUGCCCCGCUUCGGUAUCGAAGGUGUCGUCCGUCUCGAAGACUUCAUGCUCCCCGGCGAGACGGCCCGACCGGGUCUCGAGGAGCGCAAGGAAGUGGCUCUUCGCAGGGAGAGUGAGUUCGAUACGGAAGAGUACUCGCUCCGUGUAUGGGAGAAGGGUCAUCCGGAGAAAGAACGUGGUGUCAGUGUUGAACUAUUCCAGAGACUAAGAGUGAAUGUUAGCUCCGUCAAGGAAGAAGGCGGCCGAGGAGCUGGAAAGAGGAGAGUGAGAAUCUUGGUCCUUGGAACUGCGAAUUGAUUCGGGAACUUCUAUUGUCUAUAGGGAUGCGAUGUGGGAUUGGCUUUUUUUCUUCUAAUGAUCUGUAAUCGACGCAGGUAUGUAUGUAUGGUUGUACGUGUAUCAAAAAGAAAAGAAAGAAAGACGGACUUUGAGAUUAUGGUACUUCCCCUGGGAAAAGAAAAUAGAAUAUACGUCUGAUGUUACGAGUUACCC